GAUGCGGGAAAUGUGCACAGCCGUCUCGAGGACGGCAUGACGUACAGUCAUGGACGUCUGAGUGUGCCUCGAGAUGGAAAAUAUUAUGUCUACGCACAACUGUACUUUCGCAGCAGCGGGAGAGUGCUGAUUCUCAAGAAUCACCACGAACUUAUCACCAUGCUUCAACAUUCCCACAACGUACCAGAAGGACCCCACUAUGCAGGGGGAGCGUUUUAUCUAGAGGCUGGUGACACCAUAGAGUUACAAACCGCGACAUCUGUCAGACUUUACAUGUCGACUGCUCACUCUUACUUUGGAGCGUUUCUGCUUAAGUGA